AUGGCGCAAAUGGAAUAUUGGCCACGUCUUGGCGUUGAAAAUUAUACAUAUCUUAUGCCAUUCGAGCGUAAUUUUGAUUCAGUUUCUUCAACAAAAUGGAUGCAAAAUAAUUGGAAUUAUUCAAUUUAUUAUUCGAUUCUUUAUGUAAUUUGCAUAUAUGCUGGACAAAAGUUAAUGGAAUCGAGAAAAGCUUUCAUCUUAGACCAACCACUUUUUUUGUGGAACUUAAUUCUGGCAAUAUUCUCGUUAAUUGGAGUAAUUAGAAUGUCACCCGAGAUGUGGUGGAGCAUUACAGCAAAUUCAUGGAGCCAUUCAAUAUGUUGUGCAUCAUUUGCUCAAGGAGUCACAGGUUUUUGGACUGAAACGUUCGCAAUGUCAAAGCUCGUUGAAUUCGGUGACACCGCAUUUAUUGUGCUUCGAAAACGACCUUUAUUAUUUCUACAUUGGUAUCACCAUGUUACUGUCCUUGUGUAUACAUGGCAUGCUUAUAAGGACCAUACAGCAUCAGGGCGAUGGUUUAUUUGGAUGAAUUAUACUGUUCAUGCUUUUAUGUAUACAUAUUAUGCAAUGCGUGCAAAAGGUUUUAAUCUGCCUAAAUGGUCAGCGAUGAUGAUCACAGUUUUACAGAUCCUUCAAAUGGUUGGGGGAGUAGUCAUCGGUUUAGCAGUUUUUCGAAUCAAAUUAUCUGGUCAGCAUUGUCAGCAGACAUGGAACAAUCUUUAUUUCUCAUUCACAAUCUAUUUUUCUUAUUUUCUUCUCUUUAUUAAUUUCUUUUAUCAUACUUACCUUAAAAAAGUAAGAUUUCAAUUUUUUUCUUUUUUUUUGCAAAAGAAUUUACACAAAUAA